AUGUUUACUUAUACACCUCUUCGUCGCGAUACCUUGGAGAUCAGGCUUGUUCGAAUUUUAAGUGCUGGAGAGUCCACAUGCGAUAUCUCGCUUGAACUACGCCAUGCUUUCAUCGACGAAAUCAGCUUCGCUGCGCUAUCGUACGUCUGGGGAGACGUCAAAAAUCCAAUUGAAGUAUCUAUAAAUGCUUCUUCAUGCAUGAUUGGCCACAAUUUGUUCACGGCUCUGAGACAGCUCUUUGACAAUGGAAACCAUGGAUGGCUUUGGAUCGAUGCUUUGUGCAUUCAGCAGUCGGACCAAGAAGAGAAGACUUACCAGGUCAAGCAAAUGCGAACCAUCUUCUCCCAUGCGGAACGUGUAUUUUCAUGGCUAGGUCCUGGAACGUCCUCUACAGACAAAGCGAUAGAGUUUGCUUCUCGGAUUGGGCCGCGGGCACUGUCUUUUGGGAGCGAUCCCUCAGCUUUCGAUAUUCCGCUGGAAGAGCUACGAAACUACUUCAAUCGCGACAAAGACUUGUGGAAAGCAGAAGUUUCUCUAAAAUGUGAUACAAAGAAACUCGAUUUGGCCAAGUUCAUCUACGAUAUCUUUUAUUGGCCUGAUCUAAACAGCCGCACGUCCAGGCAAGGGGAAGAUGGAGAUGAUCUCGUCGCUGGCAUUCAAAACCUUAUGAAGCGAGAAUAUUGGCAGCGAAUAUGGAUUAAUCAGGAAAUUGCUCUCGCAAAAGAAGUCACCCUUAUGUGUGGCACGAAGAGCGUAUUGCUGGACCACGUCGAGGCGGCUUUCAGCGCAGUGGAUCAGUGCAAUCGUUUACAUCGCUACAUAAAUUCAGAGACUCAAACUUUUGCCAAGGGGCUGCAUCCUAAUUUUUGGAUAAAUUUACCUCUUGACACACGUCGGCGGUCCAAAAGUGAAAUCGGCACACCUUUGUCGUGCCUACUAUACACAGACGUCGUUCCCUCGGGCUGUCCUUUAUACGCUGCUUCAGAUACUCGAGAUCUGGUUUUUGGGUUGCUCGGCAUUAUUACCGACAACGAUGCUUUACAAUUGCGUGUUGACUAUCAACUGACAAAAGCUGAGGUCUUCACUGCCGCGACAAGAGCAUUGAUGUCCAAAGGUGACAAGGACAAGAACUCGUAUCAUCUUGACCAUUGUGUACCAAGAGAAGAAAAUACACCAAGCACACUGCCAAGUUGGGUGCCUGACUGGCAAGAAAUAGGACAAGUAGGGUCUAAUAAACCCGAGAUGAAUCGCGGUGGAUUCUUCGAUGCUACUAGCAACAUUUCCAUUCCAACACUGCCUAGCAACGAGAAUGAUGAUUCUCUUGGAAUCCUCCAUCGCGCCGGGUGUCGCGUUGAUAUCAUCACCGAGAUUCUACAACCGCAUAGACCUCCUGUCGGGGAAAUGGCGCAGAACGUAGAAGAUUGGCUUUCGGGAAUCAUGGCGUUUUUUAGGUUAGGGCCUGUCGCCGGCCCAGGAGAAGACUACAUAUGGCGAACUAUCUUAUCUCAAGGAUGGUACGACAAAGUCAACCCUUCUAUGGACGAGGACAUUGCCAUGCUUGUGCGCAUGAUUAUGCGUGGACAGAGUAUUGAUGUCAAACUCUUGAGGCCUACCCAAAAGGAUUUUCUCAACAAUUUAGACAGUCCACUUGCUAGGCAACGCAACUUAGCUGCUCGACUUGACCAGCUUGAAUAUGCCGCACAAAUGAUUAAAAUGCUUCAAAUGAGAGGUUCUACGGUUAGAAGAAGGAUAUUCAAGACAAGAAAGGGCAUGCUUGGCCUUGGUCAUUUGGCCAUCAAGCCUGGAGACGUGGUAACAUUGCUGUGGGGAUUGCCAUCCCCCAUCAUUUUGCGUCCGCGAAACGACGGGGGUGGCGGCUUUACGUUUGUAGGAGAUGCUUAUGUGGACCAGAUUAUGCACGGAGAGUUUCUCAAAACAGAUCCUAUUCAUGAAAUAUUCACGGUCUAUUGA